UUCUAAUGUGUGGGGACCGUUUCAUAGUGAGCGCAAGUGGCAUAUAAAAAUCAACCUUUGGCUGCUCAAAUUUUUCAACUCCAAAAUUCAAUCACAUGUUAUUUCCUCAGUUUCUAAAGAUAUGACAACAGCAAAAGAAACUUCAAACUUAGAUCUCAUACGCUAUCAUCUCUUAGGUGAUAACAUCUCAGACCCUAAUAAUUUUCUCCAUCCUGUUAAACUUGAACACCCUUCACCUGAAUUUGAUUUCACUUCAUAUAUUUCAGAUAACAGCACCACUUUCUUCACUUUCCUUGAAAGCUAUGAUUUGGUAGCAGACAUGGAGUUCUUUACUAAUAAUACUUCUCCAACAAAUGAAACAAAGCCUUCAAAGGAAAGGAAUUCACCUGAACCAAUUACUUUGGUGUCAAAGGAGACAAAGAAAGAAAAAUGUGUUGUUGAUGCGACGACGAGGCGUUACAGAGGAGUAAGGAGAAGGCCAUGGGGGAAAUUUGCUGCUGAGAUUCGCGAUCCGUCGAGGAAAGGAAGCAGGGUUUGGUUAGGUACAUUUGAUUGUGAAAUUGAUGCUGCAAAAGCUUAUGAUUCUGCUGCUUUCAAAAUGAGGGGUCAGAAAGCUAUAUUGAAUUUUCCUUUGGAGGCUGGAGUUUGUCAUCCUAAGCCUAAUUGUUGUGGAAAGAAAAGGAGAAGAGAGAGUGAAAUUGAAGCUACAAGAAGUUCAACUUCAAGUUCAUGAAUAGAAAUUAAGUGUGUUUGGUGAUGUUGUACAAGUUUGUUUAGUUAUUAGAAAUUCUUGGAUGAGCACUCAUAUGUCAUAAUCAAUAAAAAGCUUAAAAUACUACUAGCAAGGACUUAUAUUAGUUAUUAGUUUAAUGUUUUUUUAAAAAUUAAUUGGUUAUGUCUACAAGGACUUUGCUCAUCAAGUAUGUCACAUAUUCUGUACAUAGAAGCAAACAUUAAUGUUAAUGUCUCUCUACACGGAAUCAAUGCAGAUUUUUCUUGCAUAAUAUGAAA